AUGGACUGUUUUUUAACAUACAAUCUCUCGUGUGUCAAUGGUACUUUUGCUCAGUUCAAUACGUCAUCAGUUAUAUUUGGAGACAUAAUCGAUCCAAGUGUCAUAACAGGUGGCGACAGUUCAAACAACGAUCUAACAUCAUCAACAGAUCAUCCAAUAUCAUCAUCGAUACUUGUAUCUGUACAACAUUGUAUAUUGACAGCAAUAAUUCUUGGUGCAAUUAUAUUAGCGACAAUAACCGGAAACAUACUAGUUAUAGUUGCUGUUAAAAUCGAAAAAAGCCUUCAUUCAGUUGCCUAUUAUCUUUUUGUAUCAUUAGCCGUGGCCGAUUUAAUGGUAGCUUCUAUGGUUAUGCCUAUAGCUGUUCUAAAAGAAGUGACACGUUCAUGGGUGCUUGGAUCAUUUGUUUGCGAUGCUUGGGUUAUGAUUGAUUUACUCUGUUGUACGGCUUCUAUAUUGCAUCUGGUUGCCAUUGCACUCGAUCGUUAUUGGGCUAUUACUAACUUGGACUAUGCCACAAAACGUACAUCUGCUCGAAUUCUUAUUCUUAUAUGUGUUAUAUGGUCAACAUCUAUUCUUAUAUCAAGUUCUCAUCUAUUUCCUAUAUUUCGUGACAAACGUGGUCGUCCACCGGGUCAAUGUCAUUUAAUUGGUAAUGUACCAUAUACAAUUAUAUCUACAAUAGGAGCUUUUUAUAUUCCUCUUAUUGUUAUGUGUAUUAUUUAUUGGAAAAUUUUUCAAGCAGCCAAAUUUCGUAUACGUCGUAAAGCAUUCAAUUCCAAUCGUUCUAUGCCAUUACCAUCAACUACGGGAACAACUGUAACAACAACAUUAAUUCCUAAUCCACAUGAUGUUUUAUUAUCUUCGGAAAUUCCAAUAUCAAAUCAUGAAAUAUCAUUAACAGAUAAAACUAAAUAUCAAUCAUUUUCUCCAUUAUUAUCUAAAAAAUAUUCAAAAAAAACUUCUCAUCUAUCUAAUCAUCAUCCAUUUGAUACUGAACAAGAUAGAUCAUCUCAAUAUCCAUUAUCAACAAAUCAAUCUAAUAAUGAUUAUCACUUAAAAAAACUUAAAAAGACUUCUUCCUCUGCUUCGUCUUAUAUUAAAAAAAAACAUGAUAGUAUUAUAACCACAACAACAAAAGCAACAACACCUAUUAUUCAAUUAUCUACAACAAAUCGUAUAAAACAAGAAUAUGAUGAAUUACAUCGAGUUAAUUCAUCACCUUCAUGUUCAUCAACACGUCGUUUAACAGCAUCAUCAUCAUCUAAGAAAGAUUCACCAAUAAUAGCCAAUAAAAUAAAUAAUCCAUUAGUAAUAUCAAAUUCUUAUCCAUUAGAUUCAACACACAUUAUUGAUACACCAACAAUAAAAUCAAUAACAAAAAAUCGUUCAACUAAUAUAAAUAAUAUUAAUCCUCAUAAUAAUAAUAAUAUUAAUAAUACACCACCCAUAACAAAAUCUCCAGGUACAUCAUCACGUAAAAAAAUUGAUAUUAAACGUGAACGUAAAGCAACUAAAGUUCUUGGUGUUGUUAUGGGUUGUUUUAUAUUAUGUUGGUUACCAUUUUUUAUUGAAGAAACAAUAUGUGGUUUAUUUCAUUUAACAAUAAAUGAAAAAAUUAUUAGUGUUUUAACAUGGCUUGGAUAUUUAAAUAGUCUUUUAAAUCCUGUGAUUUAUACAAUAUUUUCACCUGAUUUUCGGCAAGCAUUUGGAAAAAUUUUAUUUGGCAAAUAUCAGAAACGAAGGCGAACAAAAAAAUAA